UCAAUACAUACUCAAAGACAUUCUACAAGGAAAUAAGGGAGAGAAAACAGCUUUACAUUUUCUGUAUGGACUCUGUAUAGCGUACUCAGCAGUAGACGGACAAACAAAUGAAUGUAAAUAUCAAAGUUUAUGAAGUCCCUUCGCCGUUGGAUCUGAACGCCCUUACCUUCAUCUAAAAAGACGAUAUUCUUUAUGAUUCAUGCAUUGGGAAGUAUUCAAUCGUUGGUUCUUUGGUGAUAACGAUUCAUGUCAUUUAACUGUUGAAGAUUGAGAUCGAGUGCUCAUUGUUUGGUUUCGAAACGUUAUAGUUGUUCGCUAAUAGCAAACACCAUCAACGAAAGAGUUUUUCACGCAAGAUUGAAUAUUAUAUCCACGAGGCUUGCUUUACAGAUAAAGAGUCAUAAUAUAAACUUACUCUUGGCAGUACGACUCCUUGUAUAAAUCGUUGAUUUUACUCGCUGAACUUCUUAAUUUUUUUCCAUAGUGUAGAAAAACAGGUGGAAGAUCUGUGUUUUAUAUAUUUAUAUAUUCCGACAACUAAUAAGUUUGGCAAACACAGUCGCUCAUCAAAGCCAAGCUUCAAGUGUGAACGUGUCCUUUAGUUUUUGCUGGCAUUGGAAUUUCAAUAUCGAUAAAUACCAGCAGUAGAGCAAUGACAAUGCGUUUAGUAAACUGUAGAUACGUUUUUUUAAGUCGAAGAAGAUUGAAAUAUUUCAUCCUAGUUCUGAUUUUUUUCGCCGUGGUUCUGAACCUGAGUAUUCUCCAGCAGAAGCCAGUGGAAUAUAUAAAAACAACGGGUCUCGUAAGACCUUGGAGAUUUAUCAAUGAUGUUUUGUUUACGUCUCUCAAAACAAAUGCUUCUUGUCCUACGAAAUUACUAUGUUUGAUACUCGUCUCAAGCAACGUUGGUCAUUUUGACAGGCGACAUUUAAUACGGAAAACAUGGGGGCCGGAUAAUUCUCUUCGUCCAAAGUGGCGAACGGUUUUUUUAUUAACUACGAAUGAUAACGAAGAAGAAAUGAAGCGACUAGCGUUGGAAGAACAACUCUACGGUGACAUUGUCCAAGGAAAUUACAAAGAGUCAUUUUUUAAUAUGGCUUUUAAGGUUGCGAUGGGUUUCGAAUGGGCAAUAAAGUAUUGCCAGUUUGACUACUUACUCAAGACAGAUGACGAUAUCUUUGUCAACACUCAUGGGCUGCUCAAUUAUUUGCAAGAUAAAAACACUGCUAAAAAAGGCCUUUAUACUGGAAAUCCAAUGAUUGGGAGCCCUGUGCUGAGGGACGGUAGAUAUAAAGUUGAGUACGAUAGAGGAGAAGGGAGAGACGAUCGCCUGAAUAAGACCAUGUUUGCACCAUAUUGUAGUGGAGGAGGAUUCGUCCUUUCCAGAGACGUCGUCAUGGUGAUGCUGGAUCAGUUCGACUUGGAACAUCCACUGAACAUUGAUGAUGCAUACAUUGGUGAGUUAGCAGAGCGAGCAAAUAUUAAAGUUGUAGUGAAUUCAAAGAACUUUAUGAUGUAUGUUGACAACUGCAAAUACAACGUGGAAGCAUAUGUUCAGCACCCAGCCAAGGGACAAUGCCUGCAAAAAUUGUUUGCACAACAUACAAUGUACUUGGAUACUGGGAAACUACCUCCCACUACUAAACCAACUACUAAGCCUACCCAGCCACCUAAAGUAGCUACCCAGCCACCUAAAGUAGCUACCCAGCCACCUAAAGUAGCUACCCAGCCACCUAAAGUAGCUACCCAGCCANACCCAGCCACCUAA